GGAAAACGCUUUGUUAUGGAACAAUUAUUAAUUAUGUUUUUUAAUAAACAAUUUUUUUUAAAUUGUGAAUAAACAGCUUUUAAUUAACUGAUUUCAGUACGAUUCUUACUGACGUUCCCUAGAAAUUCCUUAAGCUUAUAAAAUAUUAAACUUACAUAGGCUUGAGCUUUUAGCACAAAAAUCUCUCAAUUUAGUGCAAAAUCUAUUAAAAGUUUUUAAUUUCAAUCGUUAAAGUCUGACAGCACUCGUAGCACUGGUCGAAGCUGUCAUGUGAUUAUAUUUUUCACCUGACUGACAUUUUUCUUGGCGAAUUUCUUUAACUACAAUUCGACGGCUGCUGAAAAUUUGCAAGUUUUCCUUGUGGAAAAUUGUACGAGGUUCAAGAAGAAAAGUCGCCGUUUACCUUUCAGUGCAACACAAAUAAAAUAAAUCAACAAAAAUGAAAAUUUGUGGUCCAAAAUUGUCACUCUGCGGUUUGAUCAUCUCCGUUUGGGGGAUCAUACAAUUGGUGUUGAUGGGUGUUUUCUUCUUUAUACACAGUGUUGCGCUUAUUGAAGAUUUGCCUAUCGCAGAAGAUUUCACAUCUGUAGAGGAAUUCUAUAAUGCAGCCAACAGGGCGUAUAACCAGAAUGCUUACAAUUGCUGGAUUGCUGCCUGCAUCUACGUGCUUACUCUAUUGUUGUCUGCCCAACAAUUCUACGUCAACAGCAGAGCAACUGCCAAUUAAUUUAAGAGAUCGAGUAACAUGUAACCUAAGAAACCUAAAACAUCUACAACCACUUGUUUAGUUCGUUGACGUACUAUGUUCUAAAUACCGCCACCAUCAGCUUAUAUUGUUGAAGUUGUGCUUGCAGCCAUUUCUAAAUAAAAAAAAGCAGCUCAGGUUAUGUUAAGCAUUGCGAGGACAUUAAAUGGGAGCAAAUAUGGAAGACUGCAACUGCCGCAUCAACACAGUGUUUCACCUCAAGAUCAUCAGCGUCGUCGUUAUUGUUGAUUUUUUUUUUCAUUUUAGUAAGCGGUGUCUGCAGUUAUCAAUGCAAGAAUAUAGUUUUACAAAAAACUGAGUAA